AUGUACUGCGGGGUGGCGCAGUCGGGAAAUUCUAAGAAACAACAUAACAAGCCUUCUGGCAGUACAAAAACGAAGUCUGCUGAAACAGAAAUUUCUGUCUCAAGACUUGACAUACCUGUUGGCCUCAUCAAAAAAGUUCAGAAGCACCCAGAUGCAGAUUCACUCUAUGUUGAAGAAAUUGAUGUCGGUGAAGAAUCCCCUCGAACAGUUGUUAGUGGCCUCGUGAAAUAUAUUCCUCUUGAGGAAAUGCAGAAUCGGAAGGUUUGUGUCCUUUGUAACUUGAAGCCUGCAACCAUGAGGGGCAUUAAGUCACAAGCAAUGGUCUUGGCUGCAUCAAACGAUGACCACACAAAGGUUGAGUUAGUUGAUCCACCAUCAUCAGCCAAGGUUGGUGAACGAGUGACCUUUCUGGGAUACUCAGGCGAACCAAACAGCGUCUUAAACGCCAAGAGCAAAGUUUGGGAGAAGCUGCAGGUUGAUCUGCAGUCUAAUAAAGAGUGGUUGCCUGUUAUAAGGAUGUGCCUUUCACAACAUCUGCUGGUGUUUGUAAAGUUUCGUCUAUCACAAAUGGAGCCAUAAGGUAGACAAUCUGCCUUUUUACAUUAAGGUCCAAUGCAUUAUAAACCAAAAAUUAUAACAAGUAUGAGGUCAAAAAAGUAUUGAACAACAAACAUAAAUCUUAAAUGAGUUUCAUAUGCUAAAUAAACUCCAUCAAGAAACUACUACUUGAUUAAAGGAUAAAAUUUCUAGUCU